GAUUGUCCAUUCUUUGCAAUAUACUAUUUGUCUGCACUUUUCACUUCCCUUUCUUCUUAGCUUAACUCCACUAUUCCACUGACCAUUUUCAUCUUUGGUCAGUAAAUCUCACAUUUCAAUUCAUUACUCAUUAAAGAUCUUCACCUCUCUAUAAAUCUCGAGCAAAGGAAAAAAUUCUCAACUUUAAGCAAUGGAUGAUUGCAUCUACAAGAACUCAUCUGCUCCAAUCGAGGCAAGAGUCAAAGAUUUGCUCUCUCGAAUGACUCUUCAAGAAAAGAUCGGUCAAAUGACCCAAAUCGAACGCACUGUCGCCGCUCCUUCUGUUAUCAGAGACCUCUCUAUAGGGAGUAUACUCAGCGUUGGUGGAAGUGCGCCAUUUGAGGAUGCCCCAUCAGAAGCUUGGGCAGAGAUGGUUGACGGAUUCCAAAAUGCUGCAUUGGGAUCGCGGCUCGGGAUUCCCCUUCUUUAUGGAGUUGAUGCUAUUCAUGGAAAUAACAAUGUUUAUGGUGCCACUAUUUUCCCGCAAAAUGUGGGCCUCGGGGCGACCAGAGAUGCAGACUUGGCUCAAAAGAUUGGGGUAGUAACUGCUCUUGAAGUCAGGGCAUGUGGCAUUAACUACACUUUUGCUCCAUGUGUUGCUGUAUGUAGAGAUCCCAGGUGGGGAAGAUGUUAUGAGAGUUAUGGUGAAGACACCGAACUCGUUAGGAUGAUGUCCUCAAUUAUCACAGGAUUGCAAGGGAAACCACCCCCUGAUUACCCCCAAAACUAUCCUUUUUUAGCUGGAAGAGACAAGGUUGUUGCAUGUGCGAAGCACUUUGUCGGAGAUGGGGGUACUGACCAAGGUGUAAAUGAGGGAAAUACCAUAUCAUCAUAUGAUAAUCUAGAGAGAAUACAUAUCACCCCUUAUAUUGACUGUAUUUCUCAGGGAGUUUGCACAGUCAUGGCGUCCUACUCUAGAUGGAAUGGGACCCACCUGCAUGCUAACCACUUUCUUCUUACCGAAGCGUUAAAAGGAAAGCUCGGAUUUAAGGGCAUUGUUAUUACUGAUUCCGAAGCACUUGACAGGCUUUCCCAUCCUCAUGGAUCUAAUUAUGAUCUAUGUAUUUUGGCAGCCAUCAAUGCAGGGAUUGAUAUGGUGAUGGUUCCUUUUCGGUAUCAAUUAUUUCUCGAUCAUUUGAGAUGUCUUGUGGAAUCUGGGAAGAUUUCAAUGACCAGAAUUGAUGACGCUGUUGAAAGGAUCCUGAGAGUUAAGUUUGUUGCUGGAGCCUUUGAGUACCCUUUGAGUGAUCGGUCAUUGUUGGACACUGUUGGUUGUAAUGUAAGUUUAUAUUAUCCUCCAUUUUGACAGACUAUCGAAUUA